GUUGUUAGAAGUGCUAAGAUAGCCUUAGACUUGUUAGUAAUGAUUGCUUCCAUAUUAUUCAACCAAAGACAUUUGUUGUUUGAAAUGUGUUAGUAAAUGAACAUUCAUCUAGACAUAGAGUUUGUUUAGAAUCGUGUCUAAGCUUAAGGUUGAUAGUUUGAUUGUUCAUCUGCCAUCCUUAGUUCGAAACUUGAUCACCCAAUGUCUAAUUCCUAUGUCCAUGAGUUCUCAUUUUCCUUAGUUAAGAAAGUCAACUCAUUUACCGCUUUUAUUAUUCUGAAACUGAAUCAGCUUUAUUGAUUAGCUUAGAAAUCAUUUGAAAUCACUGGUUGCACUUAGAUUGAGUGAGUACUUGCAUUCUCAUUGCUUCGAAUUCUCUUAGAAUUGGUUCGACAAUCAUUUAUACUACAACAUUUGUCUUAGGAGCCUUGAAAACUUCUAACAUCAUUAAUAUCAUUAAUAAUUUGUAACUUCAAUAUUUUAUUUUUUAAAGAAUAUGGCAAUGAACCUUUUAAAAAGUAAUAUAUUCUUUGAAAUAUAUUUUUCAGGAUAGAUUAACUUUUGGAAAUGUAAAUAACAUAAUUUUGCAUAAAAGUUUAUUUGCAAAAUUCUAAACAUUAUAAAUAUUAAAAUAUAGAGCACUUGUUUUAUUUAUAGUAUAUAGAGCAAUUUAGCUAUGAGAUAUAAUUUUAAGAAUCAAAUACUUUCUUAUAAUUUUACCAUAUUUGGAUAAAUUUUCAUUAGAAAUAUUAAUAAUAUAUAAAUACUAAAAAUAAUAAAUAAAUUUAGUUGCAUUUUUAUUAACUUGUUCAAAGUGUAAGUAAUAUUAAUUCCAUCUCGGAUUUAAAUUAUUUAUUUAUAUCUUAUAGUAAUGAAAAUAAUUAUAUACUCAAUCUUUUAAUUAUGGUAAUAAUUAUAUACGUAAUAUUUUAUAUUCUGAUUUCUUUAGUUUAGUUUUGCGUAAUAAAUGUGUUAAGUCAUGUCAUAACUAGGUAGAAUCCAUGUCAUUAUUUAAGUGAACUAUAUCAUUAUGUUUUUGCUAAAAUAAUUGUGGUGAUGACAUGUGUCAAAAUCAUUUGGUAAAUAAUAUCUAGGGGAUAUGGAAGCCAAACACACAGAAAGAUACGCAUCUAUAUAUAUCAGAUUUCAUGUACAUUUCAGGAAGAAAAUGUAAAUCUUAUUUAAAGGUAAUUAAUAUAUUCUAAUGACAUGUGUAUACAAGAGAAGAGAACACCUAACUAGAAGAUAUGUCCACCCCCAAAAGUUGAAGUUUCGACUUCCUAUAAAUUUGGAGGAAGACAAUAACAAUCUUCACACUUUCCAUCCAUUGACAGUUUUGAGUUUUCUGGUAAACAAAGUGCGCUUUGAGUUUUCUGGUAAACAAAGUGCGCUUUUCCAUACACUACAAUCUUUUGUAACCGAUUUACUAAUCGGAUCACAUCAGUUUUGUGUAAUAAACAAAAGGCGCUUUUCUCGUUAUAUUAGCAAUAUUUAACUAUCAGUAAAUUAUAUUUUUAGUUACCUACUUUCGUGUUAUUAUUUUGACAGUUUGUCAGAUGAAAAGUGUUCAUAGUUUUCUUGUUUGUUUUUAACAAAAAAAUAAUUAAAUACAGGUUCUUUUUUUGUAACACAACUUCCAUUAAGAUAAACUACUAAGGAUGGAUACAAAAAAUAAUUAAUAAAUAUUGGUUCUUUUCACUUAAAAGUUAAAAGCUUGUAGUAAUUCACAAAUAAAUCAACACUGCUUGUUUUAUUUUAUUUUUAAAAAUAAUUAAGUUAUUAAUUAUAAUAAAGGGUCUGAAGUCAUACUGAUAAAAUCAUUUACCAUCACAAUUUUUAGUAUCCACAAAAGUGUAUGAUUUUCUCUGUUUCUCGACAUGCAUCUUCUAUUCAUCUUUUGUUUAAUAAUAUAAAGAAAAAUGCUAUUGUUUUGUUUAAUGCGACAUGCACCUUAUAUUAUAUUUACUCGGCUUCUUUACAUAGCCUGGUUUGCUUUGAACCCCUUUUGUUUUACAGAUCAUUAACUAGUUUGACAAGUGCUUUACGAUCUUGAAAGAAGAUGAUGUCUUAUGGUGAAAGGCCAAGGCUGCUUGUGGUAGCUAACCGGCUUCCGGUUUCUUCAAAGAAAACAGGGGAAAACUCUUGGUCUAUGGAAAUGAGUCCUGGUGGUAAAUUUAAUCUUCUAGGUGGUGUGACAGAUCAAUAUGAUACUAAAUGGGUUGGAUGGCCUGGAUUUGAUGUGUAUAAUGAAGUUGAAAAAACUGCACUCUCUAAAUCUCUUGCUCAAAUGAAUUGUAUCCCUGUGUUCCUUAAUGAGGUUUUUGAUCAAUAUUACAAUGGUUAUAGCAACGGCAUAAUAUGGCCAAUUCUUCAUCACAUGGGACUUCCAAUAGAAUGUCAUCAUGACGCAAACAAGACGUUCCAAACACAAUAUGAUGCAUACAAGAAAGCAAAUCGAAUGUUUCUUGAUGUCGUAAUCGAGAACUAUGAAGAAGGAGAUACUAUUUGGUGCCAAGAUUAUCAUCUCAUGUUUCUUCCUCAAUACCUUAAAGAAUACAACAACAAGAUCAAAGUUGGGUGGUUUCUCCAUUCACCAUUUCCUUCUUCAGAGGUCUACAAAACAUUGCCCUCGCGAUCAGAGCUUCUUCGUUCGGUUCUUAGAGCUGAUUUACUUGGUUUCCAUACGUACGAUUUUGCAAGACAUUUCGUGAGUACAUGCACUCAAAUUCUUGGCGUUGAAGGCACAGAUGAAGGGGUUGUGGAUCAAGGCAGACUCACUCGUGUAGUUGUUCUUCCCAUGGGAAUAGAUCCUGACCGGUUUAUAAGCACAAGUAAGCUUCCUGAAGUCAUACAACAGAUGAAUGAGCUUAAAGAGAAAUUUUUUGGCAAAAAGGUGAUAUUAGGUGUUGAUCGUCUUGAUAUGAUCAAAGGGAUUCCACAAAAGUAUCUUGGAUUUGAGAAGUUUCUUGAAGAAAAUCCAGAUUGGCGCAAUAAAGUUGUCCUGGUGCAAAUUGCUGUGCCAACAAGAGAUGCUGUCCCUGAAUAUCAGAAGGUCAGAGACCAAGUUCAUGGACUCGUUGGACGCAUUAAUGGUCGUUUUGGUUCUAUAUCUUCUCUUCCAGUUCAUCACAUGGAUUGUUCAGUUCCCUCCAAUUACUUAUGUGCACUUUACGCGACUGCUGAUGUAUUGCUUGUAACGUCUUUGAGAGAUGGACUGAAUCUCGUUAGUCAUGAGUUUGUUGCUUGCCAAGAGAGCAAAAAGGGGGUUCUUAUUCUCAGUGAGUUUGCAGGUGCUGGACAGUCACUUGGUGCUGGAGCUCUACUUGUGAAUCCUUGGAAUGUUACAGAAGUUUCUUCUGCCAUUAAAGAAGCUCUAACUAUGCCAGCUGAAGAAAGGGAUGAAAGACACAGAGUUAAUUUUCAGUAUGUGAUAACUAAUUCUGCUGAAAAAUGGGGAGGUGAUUUCUUGAGUGAACUCAAUGACGCUUUUGCUGAAUCCGAGAUGAAAAUUAGGAGUAUCCCACAUGAACUUCCACAACGAGAUAUGAUACAACGAUAUUCACAGUCUAACCAUAGACUGAUAGUCUUGGGUUUUUGUGGAACACUCACUGAGCCAAUGAAUAGUCAAAAUGAGGAGCUGGAUCUUAAACUAAACCCAAAGCUAAAAGGAACAUUGAAAGCAUUAUGCAAUGAUCCAAAAACAACAGUAGUUGUAUUGAGUAGAAGUGGCAGAAACAUAUUAGAUAAGGUCUUUGGAGAGUAUAAGAUAUGGCUGGCUGCAGAAAAUGGAAUGCUCUUGAGGGAUCCCACUGGAGAAUGGGUGACAAAUAUGCCUGAAAACAUGAAUCUCGACUGGGUCAACGGUGUAAAGAAUGUUUUUAAGUACUUCACUGACCGAACUCCAAGAUCCUUCUUCGAAGCAAACGAGACUUCUCUAGUAUGGAAUCACGAAUAUGCAGACGUUAAGUUUGGGAAAACACAAGCGAGAGACAUGUUACAGCACUUAUGGGCAGGACCAAUCUCUAAGGCAUCAGUUGAUGUUGUUCGAGGAAACCAUUCUGUUGAAGUCCAUGCAAUGAGUGAGACGAAGGGAGCAGCAAUUGGUCGUAUUUUGGAAGAAAUGAUGCAUAAAAUAUCAAUGACCACACCCAUUGAUUAUGUCUUUUGCAGUGGUUACUUGUUGGAGAAGGACGAAGAUAUUUACACUUUCUUCGAAUCAGAAAUUGUGCCUUCCAAGUUAUCUCAUGAAACUAGGUCCAAGUCUUCUUCCAGUAAUAUUAUGAAGAAUCAGAUUUCACCGAAUGUUCUUGACCUCAAAAAAGAGAAUUACUUCUCUGUAGCCAUCGGACAAACUCGCUCAAAAGCUCGCUAUGUCAUUGACUCAUCUCAAGAUGUAGUGGAUUUGCUCCACAAGCUUGCAAUUGCAGAUACAACAACAAUGGCUAACACAGUUUCUGAUAGUGAAUUACAUCAGAGACUCGCAAUGGAAACGCGAAUUUGA